GGGGGCGGCGAAAGUGGAGAGGCUCGAGCCGCGCGGCCGGAGCAUGCUCUCCAUGCAACAGUUCCCUGCGCUGCCCGCGGAGGAGGAGCGCUACCGGCAGGUCCUCUCCGCCGGCCGGGUUUUAGGAACAAAUGAGGAUAAUAUGGGGGAUGGUUGCUCUCAAAAACUGGCCUCUGCCAAAUUCCUUCGACUUUUGCUCCUAAUAUUGAUUCCAUGCAUCUGUGCCCUUAUCCUUUUGUUGGUGAUUCUGCUUACCUUUGUAGGGGUGCUGGAAAAAACAUGCUUUUAUUCAAACGGAAGUCAAGUCUUCACGAUUAAUGGUGACAUUGAAACAUCUGACGUUCCUUUUCCAAACAUGGCUGAAAAUAGUUCCAAGGCUGAUCCUACAGAUCUCGGCACACACCCCCUCUCCUGGACCACUACGCCUUUAUCUCACAUUGACCUAAUAAACAAGAACUCAAAUAUAUUUAGAGAUACUUUCCAGGAAAAUUCAUUUAAUCCUGCAACUCAAGGCUCACUGCUCAAUCCUGAUCCUCCAGAUGAUGCUGUUUUGGCAGAGGUCCCUGAAGAGAGCACCCAGCUGAUUGCCACUGCAAAGGAGGAGACGUGGUCCACGGAUGUAUCCUUUAACAUCACAGAGAGGAUGGCCACUCUGCCUGUAUUAAGUCCUACCCGUCCAUCUGUGUCACAAAAAAUGGAUCAGAAAAAAAGUGCCUGCAUAAAUAUCACCAACAGCCAGUGCCAAAUGCUGCCAUAUAACUACACCACUCUAACUUCAGUUCUUUCCAUUGUCAAAAGCAUUGAAAUGGAAAAGUUCCUGAAGUUCUUCAGUUAUCUCAACCGCCUCAGCUGCUAUCAACACAUCAUGCUGUUUGGCUGUAGUCUUGCUCUUCCUGAAUGCAUCAGUGACGGUGAUGACAGUCGAGGCCUCCUGCCCUGCAGGACAUUCUGUGAGGCAGCAAAAGAAGGGUGUGAACCAGUCUUGGGGAUGGUAAAUGCUUCUUGGCCAGAGUUCCUCAAGUGCUCUCAAUUCCAAAACAAAACUGAAAAUGACACUGCGACAAGGGUAUGCUUCUCGCCACACCAAGAGAAAGGAAAGCAAAUACUGUGUGGAGGAGAGGAGAGUUUCUUGUGUGCUAGUGGGAUCUGCAUCCCAGGGAAACUGCAGUGUAAUGGCUACAAUGACUGUGAUGACUGGAGUGAUGAGAUCCAUUGCAACUGCAGUGAUGAUGUAUUUCGUUGUAACACGGGAAAAUGCCUCAAUUAUACCUUUGUUUGUGAUGGAUAUGAUGAUUGUGGAGACCUUAGCGAUGAACAAAACUGUGAUUGUAAUCCAGUGAUUCAUCAUCAGUGUGGAGAUGGAAGAUGUAUAACAGCUGAUUGGGUAUGUGAUGGUGACCAUGAUUGUACAGACAAGUCAGAUGAAAUCAAUUGCUCAUGUCAUAGUCAGGGUCUGGUGGAAUGCAAAAAUGGGCAGUGCAUUCCCAGUGUGUUCCAGUGUGAUGGAGAUAAUGACUGUAAAGAUGGAAGUGAUGAAGAAAACUGCAGUGAAAGUCAAACCCUCUGUCAGGAGGGAGACCAGAGAUGUGCUUCCUGCCCUGAUCCCUGUAGAUCUUCUCUCUGUGAGAUGAGAGACAGCCAGACAAACUGCAGUCAGUGUGAACCAAUUACUCUGGAACUCUGUAUGAACUUGCCUUACAACUAUACUAAUUAUCCAAACUAUCUGGGCCACAGGACUCAGAAGGAAGCCUCUAUCAGCUGGGAAUCUUCUCUGUUCCCAGCCUUGGUUCAGACCAACUGCUAUAAGUACCUUAUGUUUUUCGCCUGUACAAUCUUAGUACCAAAAUGUGACACCUAUACAAAUCAGCGGAUCCCACCCUGCAGGACAUUAUGUGAACAGUCCAAGGAACGCUGUGAGUCUGUACUUGGCAUUGUAGGUCUGCAGUGGCCGGAAGACACUGACUGCACUCAAUUUCCAGAUGAGAACUCAGACAACCAAACUUGUCUAACACCAGGUGAAGAUGUAGAAGAGUGCUCACCCAGUCACUUCAAGUGCCGGUCUGGGAGGUGUGUCCUGGCAUCCAGAAGAUGUGAUGGGCAAGCUGACUGUGAGGAUGAUAGUGAUGAGGAAAGCUGUGGUUGUAGAGAAAGGGGUCUUUGGGAGUGUCCUUUGAAGAAGCUGUGCAUCAAGCACACUAUGAUCUGUGAUGGUUUCCCAGACUGCCCUGACAAGAUGGAUGAAAAGAACUGCUCCUUUUGCGAGGAGGACGAGCUCGAAUGUGCCAACCAUGAAUGUGUGCAGCGUGAGCGCUGGUGUGAUGGCCAAGUGGACUGCAGUGACAGCUCCGAUGAGUGGGACUGUGUUACCCUGUCUAAAAACAUGAAUUCCUUGACGUUCCUGACAAUUCACAGGUUAGCUGCUGAUUACCAUGUUUGUGCUGACGAGUGGCAAGAAAAUUUGAGCCAACUGGCCUGCAAUCAGAUGGGUUUAGGAGGACCAUCUAAAACAAAAAUUGUACAAGAAAAUGAGGGAGUGCAGCAUCACAAAUGGCUGAAUCUACAUUCAAAUUGGAAGAAUAAAAAUGCAUCCACUUUACAUGCACUUCUAGUGGAUGGGCAGAUGUGUCGAAGCAGCAGCAAAGUGUCUCUUCUUUGUACUAAAGAAGAUUGUGGCCGUCGCCCAGCCGCUCGCAUGAACAAGAGGAUCCUUGGUGGUAGGACCAGUCGCCCAGGCCGAUGGCCGUGGCAAUGCUCUCUGCAGAGUGAGCCAAGUGGACACAUUUGUGGCUGUGUUUUGAUUGCAAAGAGAUGGGUCUUGACAGUAGCGCAUUGCUUCGAAGGGAGAGAAAAUGCAGCUGUUUGGAAAGUAGUGUUUGGUAUAAGCAAUCUGGAUCAUCCAUCAGGCUUCAUGCAGACCCGACUAGUGAAGACCAUUAUCCUGCAUCCACGCUACAACAGAGCCGUAGUAGACUAUGAUAUCAGCGUUGUAGAACUAAAUGAAGAUAUCAAUGAGACGAGUUAUGUACGACCUGUCUGUUUACCCAGCAAGGACCAGUUGGUUCAGCCGGAUACCUACUGCUACAUCACAGGCUGGGGACACAUGGGCAACAAAAUGCCUUUUAAGCUUCAAGAAGGAGAAGUUCGCAUCAUUUCCUUAGAACAGUGCCAGUCGUACUUUGACAUGAAAACCAUCACCAGCAGGAUGUUAUGUGCUGGCUAUGAGUCUGGCACUGUGGACUCUUGCAUGGGUGACAGUGGAGGACCACUUGUGUGUGAGCACCCUGCAGGGCGCUGGACUUUGUUUGGUUUAACAUCCUGGGGCUCUGUCUGCUUUUCCAAGGUUUUGGGACCUGGAGUUUACAGCAAUGUGUCACAUUUUAUUGAGUGGAUUGAAAGACAAAUAUACAUCCACACCUUUCUGCUAAACUAGCUCCAGAUGGUAAGAAUUGUGCUGACAGACAAAGGGAAAAAGGAAUCAGCAUUUCAACCCUGAAGGUUUUGCAGUCCAGAAACUCUAGGAAAAGGAGUUUCAAGCUGUUUUCUAUUCUUGCUGCAGAGCUAUGGCAUAUGCGGUGUAUGUUAAUGGUAAACCCUCCUGCUGAUGAAUAUACUUUGGGGUAGAACUAAUAAGCCUUUUUGACUUUUCUUUUAGCUGUGUUGUGUUGCUAUUCCAAACACAACCAACGGUUUAAAAGAAAAGACUGACACUUUCUGCCUUCUAGUUAUUCAAACUAAGCAGUAGCACAGACUAGUAAAACUAUAAAACAACCUAUUUUAAUACUAUUAAAUUAGCAGCACAUGCAGUUUCACUCAAGAGUUGUCAUGAGGAACGAACUCAGUGCAUUCAGGGGACACUGACAGGCCCUUUAGUCACUGGGGCGAUCCCAGGGCUGGCUGCACAUGCGCUGGAAGGUGCUGCAGAGAUGGCUGGGCUUGUGCCCCACGUGGCAUAGGGCACGAAGGCAUACAGGCCCAGGUCUCAUGGGGUGCCAGCCACAUGUCUCUGGUGUGCCUCGGCUAAUAUAUGGGAUUUUUUUGUUUUUCCAGGGUGGCUAAUUAGCAUGGGCACAACCCUGUACUGCCCUGCCUCCAGUGCUGCUGUUCCCAGCGCCAGCUUGGUGUCGCUGCAGGGUGCUGUGUGGCAGGGCAGCAUCAGGCUCAUAGCUUGAGGCACAUGAGGCCAUCAUUCAGUUGUUCAGCAUCUUUUGACUGUUUCGACCAGGCAAGUUUUGACGCUUCUGCGUCUCAGUGUGCCUGAAAAUGCCUGUGUCUUGACAGCACUACACAGGCCAGUGCAUUUAUUAAACCUAUGCCCUGUUGGCUUUUUUUUAAAAAAACUUUUUUUUUUUUUUUUUUGGCAUAUUGGGUUCAACCUAUAAGAUGUGCAUUGACACGCUCUAAACACAUCAGCAUUGGCAAUGCCACUGCAACUUACCCCCCCCCCCCAAACAGUGAGCUAAUUUGAGCAUCUAGUGAGCUAUGGGAAAACGUAGAUUUAAAGUACAAAAGAUGCAGCGUGAGCACUUGAACUCAGAUGUCUCAGAGUAGUACUUUAAAUACUGGGAAACGGGAUAUUUUUGACUAGGUCUUUUCUAGUAUCGUGCACUGAAAGUUUCAUUUUGCUUGGCAAGAUUAAACACUCAUUGUUGAGAAAAAGGGAAAAAGAUAAAUCUGAAUGACAGAAGACUUGGAACUACUAGGUUCUUCUCAAAUUAAUGUUAUAAAUAUGUUAAGUAAAAUAAAAUAGCUUCAUCAGCAAAGACUUAGACCUGUGGUCAAAUGCUUGAUAGCCUGAUGGACAAGGCAGAGUGCUUUGUGCAGUGGAUAAAAGGCUAAGCCUUGACUCCAAGAGAGUCUAUAGCUGGAAGAAAAAAAAAUCACAGCAGAGCUUGGCAUCCCUUUAUGGUGCCAGAGGGGAGGCGUUUCUUAUUAACUGCUGUAGAUGACUUUCGGCACACCUCCCUGUUUUUUUGGGGAACCUGUGUCAGAAAGCUGAGGAGUAUAACAUGAAUUUCGCUGGGGAGCAGAGCAUCUCUAACUUGGGUGUUUUCAGUGCCAUGCCUAGUAUCCUGUGAAUCCAGCCUGAGGCGUAUAAUAAAAUUAUCCUCUCUGCUACCUCUGGCAUGCCCCCAUGACACCAUGGCAGGGCCUUGUCAAUACCAUCACUGCCAUAUGUGGAAACAUGCAUUAAGACAGCCAACUAAUGGAUAUUUCAGGUACUAUUAAUCACAUUACAACUAAUUUACAUUGUUCUGACUUAGUGUUUAGUCUUUUAGAUUUUAGUGAAAGACUUACCUCUUAAUUAAUUUCCAUAUCUUCUCCUUUAACACACCUGAUGUUAAACAUAUUAGUGCCCUACAGAGCAUUAUUAAUAAAUAUUCAAUAUUUGUGUUAUGGGUUCUGAAACUCUAUUUAUGUGACUAUUGUAUCACUGUUUCAUACUCGCAAAGAAAACCCAGUGCUUUGCUAGAAUUUUUUUUUUUUUUUGUAUUAAGGAAUUUGUUUUGUCUGUAACAUACAAAUGUUCUUCUUCUCCCAGCUACAAUUGAGAAUGCAGCUGUGACCAUGUUUUCUUCCAGUGACGGUUAUUGAUGCCUUUGCCUUAAUGUAUGGAAACUGCAGCUUUCAGUCCCCCUGUUUAGCUUUGCUCUGGGGCCAGGUUCUCUGCAGGGGUGCCAUGGCAGCACUCAGUGUGUGGGAGCUGGUGGCCGAGAGCUACCUGAGAACAUGGCCUGGGAGCUGCCCCAGGCCAACCUGCCCCAUGGUCCGAUGCAGCUGGUGACAGGUAGGAGUGGGGCAAGGUCCAUUUUUGGAAGGCCAAGACAAAAAGUUGGUGCUGUGAAACGAACAGCCCAGCCUGACGUCUCUCCACCAAGUGAAGCGGUUAGAGGCUUCAAAAACUUGAAAGCACUGGAGAACACAUAAUCAUUUCAUGUAGAUAUAAGCACUACCAAAUGAUCAGAUGUAAAGUAAUUCCACAUCUAAUAAAUUGGGUUUGGCCUGCCACCAGUUUCCAAGCAGUCUCUCCGAAGAACCAAGGGAGAGUGCGCCUUAAAACUAUCAUCCAGCCCCUGUCUAAGACCAGUUUGAAGAAAUUAUAGACUAAGCCCCAUCCCAAACAGCUUUAGGAGGGAGCAGUAGGAUUUUUCCUUUCCCACAGUUUUGUCUGCCACAACAUUCCAUGUAAAGAGGAAAUUUGUAAUUUUAUAAAUGUAUUUUUAUAGUGCUUUUUUUUCUAUAUGUGCACAUAAAAUAGCCUUCCAGUGUACCAGGCCUCUCCCUGUGUGCUGCCAUAAUGGUUAUGGUCAAAAUUACAGUUUCUCUUACAAGUGUGCCACAGCUGCAGCUCCAAGUGGAGCUACAAUCAAGCAGAUGUGUUUCUUUUUAGCUGUACUAAUAAAAAUUUACAAUCAUUUUGCAAGUAA